GGUGGGCCGCGCCCUGUUCCCGCCUCUCCAGUUAAGGCAGCUGGUGUGAGCCCGGGCUCGGCGCGAGCGAGGGACGACGGAAGGGACGGGCAGGUGUGGACGCGGGGCCACGCAGCCCGACGGCGGGAGUCGCAGGUGCUGGGUGCAUGGGCCAGUGAGGACGCACAGAGAUCCCCUCGCCGCGCAGAGGAGGAGCAGCGCGGGAGCCAGGCGCUGCCCCACGACCCUGCGUCCAAGCGAGCGGAACCUCGCGCUUCGCCCGGGGACAGUCCGAAGUCCGCGCUAUGGAAGAGGAGAAAUAUUUGCCUGAGCUGAUGGCAGAGAAAGACAGCCUGGAUCCAUCUUUUGUGCAUGCAUCGCGCCUUUUGGCAGAAGAAAUUGAAAAAUUUCAAGGUUCUGAUGGAAAAAAGGAAGAUGAAGAAAAGAAGUAUCUUGAUGUCAUCAGCAACAAAAACAUAAAGCUCUCAGAAAGAGUACUGAUUCCUGUCAAGCAGUAUCCAAAGUUCAAUUUUGUGGGGAAAUUGCUUGGACCAAGAGGAAACUCCUUGAAGAGGCUACAAGAAGAAACAGGUGCUAAAAUGUCUAUCCUGGGCAAAGGAUCAAUGAGAGAUAAAGCCAAGGAAGAAGAACUAAGGAAGAGUGGGGAAGCCAAAUAUGCCCACUUGAGUGAUGAGCUUCAUGUAUUAAUUGAAGUGUUUGCUCCACCUGGGGAAGCUUAUUCACGUAUGAGUCAUGCAUUGGAAGAGAUUAAAAAAUUCCUGGUUCCCGACUACAAUGAUGAAAUUCGUCAGGAACAACUACGUGAAUUAUCUUACUUAAAUGGCUCAGAGGACUCUGGUCGUGGCCGAGGUAUUAGAGGCAGAGGGAUCAGAAUAGCUCCCACAGCUCCUUCAAGGGGCCGUGGGGGUGCCAUUCCUCCUCCCCCACCACCUGGACGAGGUGUUCUCACCCCUCGAGGAAGCACUGUAACCCGUGGAGCCCUUCCAGUGCCACCUGUAGCAAGAGGUGUCCCUACCCCUCGAGCCCGGGGGGCAACAACAGUGCCAGGAUACAGGGCGCCUCCUCCUCCAGCCCAUGAAGCUUAUGAAGAAUACGGUUAUGAUGAUGGCUACGGGGGUGAAUAUGAUGACCAGACCUAUGAAGCUUAUGAUAACAGCUAUGCGACCCAAACACAAAGUGUGCCUGAAUACUAUGACUACGGUCAUGGAGUAAGUGAGGAUGCCUAUGACAGCUACGCACCAGAAGAAUGGGCCACAACCCGCUCUAGCUUGAAGGCACCACCACCGAGGUCAGCAAGAGGGGGAUACAGGGAACACCCCUAUGGUAGAUAUUGAAGGUCCUUCCCACCUGUGACCUCACCUCAAAGACAAUUCAUAGCCUGUGGUCUCCACAUAAACAGCAACAAGACAAGUACCCACAAGCAAAGAACACAUAAUUGAAUAAUGGAUGUGAUUUGCUAAGAAGGAUGGAGGUGAAGAUGUAAGAUACAAAAAUGAAAAGCUGGAAUAAAUCCAAGACCGGCUGUUUGGAGGUUUCAUUUUUUAACAGCGGAGGUCAAAAAAGAAGAUAAUUUGGAUUUGAACCAAUAUUUUAAAAGUUAAUUUUGGCUGGGAUAUAAAAAGAUGGCUUUGUAGAAGAGACAGGAUUUGAAUGGAAGGUCAGAUGUGGACAGAAGCACCAGUCAAGCCAGGGUUCUUUUGCUUUUUGGUUGUUGUUGUGGAAACGAUGUCAGAUGUUCAUAUUUUCCCAGUGGAAUUUUACAAUACUUUUGGAAACAGUUUCGUAGGGUGAAAAUAAGAAGAAAGAAUGAAAACAAAACACAGAUGGGAAAAAAGUACGAUUUUCUUCAUCUGAACUCGCCUCACCACUACAGAUCCAAGCCUGACACAGAGCCUAACAGAAGCAAUGGUGAGCCAGUGGAAGCUUUUGAAUAUGAGAGUGGCAUGGUAAGUGCUGUAUUUUAGGAAGCCUAACCUAAAAGCAUUCCAUUAUGUGUGUUGCAGAGAGAAAAUAUUGGAAACAAGAGACCAAUACAGAAGUUAUUUAAGUAAUCCAUAGGAAAGUGGAGGUGCAUCUCUGACAAUGGAGGGAAGAGCUUAAUGGUGAUUGAAAACUGAGAAGGCAGAGCACUUCUUUGGAGAUCCUCAAAUGACAACUGAAUUAUCAAAGUCAUCAAAGAAAGUGUAUGUUGAACAUAAUGGAGCUUUAUUGUUGAUACCUGAUGCUAGAGCUGAUUGAGAGAUGUACUCAGAUUCUCUGGGACUCCAUGAAGUGGAAAGUUGUAACUGAUGAAUUAGAACGUUUGGAUGAAAUGACCAUUCCUACGGAAAAGCCACUGGAGACAAACUCAGAAUCCAGACUGACAUUCAGACGAUUUGUGUUUUCCCCAUAACCACCCUCCUAGAUUCAGAUACUUUCCUCCAAAUACAAUCCUGUUCACCAUGGAAGACAUUAAAACCUUCAGGGGUUGCUGCUGGGGGCCUUCACCAAAAUGCAGCCAUUCGCGUUUACUUUUGCUCUACCUGCAAAAAAUGUUCAUGGGCUCACUCCCAAAGUCAACUUUGAUCCAACGAUAGUCUUCAGUUACCAAACCUUAUCACACAUCUGUAAAACUGGAUAAUAAAGAAGGGUUUAAAAUAUGUA